UCGACCAAUCCGAGAAUAUGAAGUACAUCAUCAGCAUCGGCGGCAUAACCAAUGGAGGGAAAACCACCCUCACCAUCCGCCUGAUCAAGAACCUGCCCAACUGCUGCGUGGUCCAUCAGGAGGACUUCUUCAAGCCCCAAGUUCAGAUUGGAGUUGUUGAAGAUGGCUUUAAGCAGUACGAUGUCAUCACUGCUCUGGACAUGGACACCAUGAUGAGUAGGAUCUAUGUGUGGCUGGAGAACCUGGUGAAGUCUGAGAAGUCUCAUGGCGUUAAUAAUAACUAGCACACAGAGAUCCUCCUAAAGUCCGACCACAAGCAGGAGGGAGAGACUCACAUCGUUAUCGUGGAGGGCUUCCUGCUUCACACCUACAGACCUUUGAUCAA